AUGAAUUUAAGGUUUAUCUUGAUAUUCUUAGUAUUAGAUGAUUAUAGUGUAGGUAUUAGUUCUCAAAAUUGUCGAAACGAUUCAAGUGAAAAUUCAUUUGUUUAUCGACGUGUAUGCUAUUUUGCUAAUUGGGCUGCUAAACGACAUGAUAAUAUAAGUCGAUUAACACCGGAAGAUAUUGAUCCGUUUCUAUGUACGCAUAUCAAUUUUGCAUUUGCCAAAGUAUUGGAGAGUCUUGCACUGGCACCUUAUGAAGAAGACGAUGCUCAUGGAUGGACCGGUGGACCCGGCAUGUAUGAACGUGUUAUUAAAUUAAAAGAAAAAAAUCCAAAUUUAAGAAUAUUAUUAAGUGAAUAUCCUGGUGCAAAAGAUCAAGGAGCUGAAGCACAUACGAAACGAGGUUAUACAAAACUUGUCAAAAAGUUAAGCAGGACAUUUGAAAAAGAAGCAUCACUAACUGGCAAAGAAAAAUUGUUGUUAACAUGUGCUACAGCUGCUGCUCGACAUCGAAUCGAGGCUGGUUAUGAAGUAAAGGAAAUUUGCGAAUAUUUUGAUUUUAUCAGUGUAAUGACAUAUGAUUAUCAUGGAAGUUGGGAUGGUAAAACUGGUCACAAUUCACCAUUAUAUGGUAUGAAAAAAGAGCCAAAAAAAUUUCGUGAAUGGAAUGUGAAUAAUUCAAUGUACGUCUGGAUGGACAAAGGUUGUCCAAGAGAAAAAUUAAAUAUUGGCUUAUCUGCCUAUGGUCGAGCAUUUUCGUUGUACGGUGAAAAACCAACGAAGAGAAAAAUUGGUGUCAAAGCGAGUGCAGCUGAGGCUGGUCAAUAUACGAGAGAAGCUGGUGUUUUAGCCUACUAUGAAAUUUGUGAAAUACUGCAAAAAGAUUCGAGUGCACGUAUUUUUUGGCAUAAACAAAUGUCCGUACCCUAUAUUUCAAAAUCAAGUUUAUGGAUCGGAUUUGAUAAUAUAAGAAGUAUUACCGUUAAAAUGAAAUAUUUGAAAAGAGAAGGGUUUGGCGGUGUUAUUAUUUGGAGUUUAGAUUUGGAUGAUAAAACAGGUGAAAUAUGUCAUGAAGGCCCAUUUCCGAUAUUCAAUGCUGCUAAGCGUGAAUUAUCUAAAAUAACUGAUAAUGAUGAUGAGACAAACGAUGAAUGUUCAGAAAAUAAAACAUUAACGUCAUCUGAUCAUUCGAAUAAUUCAUCAAUAAAGAAUAACCAUCAUCCUUACUCGAUAAUUUUUAUGGCUAGUAAUAGUGUUAAUAACUACGGUGACAACGAUAAUGAUGAUCAAAUUAGUAAUAAAAAUAAUGAAUAUUUAAAAACGGAGCUUGUCAGUAAAUUAUUAAAACAUUUUCUACCGGAUGAUAAAUCAUCUCGUCUAGCAACAGAUACGGUGAAAUUAUUUACUGAAUUACUAUUCUUAUUCAUAACAGAAACAAUUGAACGUUCAAUAACACAAGCAAAAAAUGAUGGUUCACAAACAGUCAACAUUGAACAUAUUGAGAAAAUUUUUGUGCAAUUAUUAUUAGAUUUUUAA